AUGACUGUAAAAACUGUUGGAGGUUUCGAUAUACGUAUCGUACAGGUUCUAUGUGCCAUUAUCUGGUGUUUUCUUUCUGCUGGAUUGAUCUUUGGUUUUGCAGCGUUAAAACCCGUUCUUGUUGACCAACAUGUGUAUGAAGAACUAUGUUAUAAAGAUGGAUUGGCUGCAAAUAUUCCAUGUACAGAACAAGAUUUGAAGCUUAAUAGAAUGUUCACCAUUGGUGCAGUUGUUACAAAUUCAAUUGCAUUCCCAGUUGGUUGGGUGUUGGAUCAUUAUGGUCCUAGAGUCUGUGGUCUUAUCGGAUCUUUAUUCCUAUUUCUAGGGUCUGGAUGCUACAUUGCUACCAAGCACUUGACAUUUUUGGACCCUUACUUGUAUGGGUACAUUCUUCUUGCUAUCGGGGGUCCAUUUGUGUUCAUUUCCUCUUUUCAAUUAGCAAAUACAUUCCCUAAAUAUUCGGGUUCCAUCCUUGCUGUCAUUACAGGGGCAUUCGACUGUUCCUCAGCCUUAUUCCUAUUCUACAGACUCUACUAUCAAAAGGUUGAUUCUGGACUAAACUUGAAGAGGUUCUUUAGCCUUUAUUUGAUUGUGCCUACCUUCAUUACAUUCUGCCAAUUAACUUUUAUGCCCUCAAAGUCUUACAAAACCUUAGGAGCAGUUCACAAAUUAGAGAUUGAAGGAUUGGAUGAGGAUGGUAACCUUCCAGAAGGCCAAGACGCUUCUUUAAUUAUUCCAGAUGAAGGAGAACGUGAAUCUUUACUCUCUGGAUCGGCUCCUUUGAUACAGCCAGUUCUUUCGCAUGGAUCAAGAAGAAAGAGUGUGUUAGAGAACUACGUGGAAGCUAAAUUGGAAAAGAAAACACAUGGUGUUUUUGGUGUGCUUCAUGACGAGACGGCUUUGAAUCAAAUCAAGUCGUACUGGUUUAUAUUAAUGUUGCUAUUCACGGUAAUUACGAUGCUGAGGAUCAAUUACUUCGUCGCAACGGUUAGAUCUCAAGAAGAAUACUUGCUCCAGGAUCCUUCUCUAGCCGCAACAAUCAACUCUAUCUUUGAUGUAGCUUUACCAUUAGGUGGUGUUAUAGCAAUUCCGCUAGUUGGUAUUUUGCUAGAUAGGGUUGAAACUUAUUCAGUCCUUUUCUUGGCAACAUGUUUAUCCAUUAUUAUCGGUAUUUUCGGUUUAAUUCCUGCAUUUGUGCCAAAUUUGAUCGGUAUCUUUAUUCUAGUCGUUUUCAGGCCAUUUUACUAUACUGUGGUUUCAGAUUACUGCUCUAAGAUUUUUGGAUUCGAAACGUUCGGGACAGUUUACGGAUUAAUGAUUUGCAUUGCUGGGUUUAUGAAUCUUUCCCAAACUUACUUGGACAAACUUACCCAUACUACUUUCAAAAUGAACCCAACACCAGUAAAUAUUUGUUUAUUGUCGGCUACGAUAAUCAUUUCAGUGACACUACUACUGUAUAUUAGAUUCCAAACCAAGAAAAGAGCAAAGCUAAUGGAAGAGAUCCAAAAUUCUUCAACUUCUCCGUAUAGUUCUACGUAA